AUGUCCGCAGGGGGAGAUUUUGGGAACCCACUGAGAAAAUUCAAGUUAGUGUUCCUGGGGGAGCAGAGCGUCGGGAAGACGUCUCUGAUCACGAGGUUCAUGUACGACAGCUUCGACAACACGUACCAGGCAACCAUUGGGAUUGACUUCUUGUCAAAAACCAUGUACUUGGAGGACCGUACGCUCUUCCGACGUGUGGCUUCGGCUCUGCCCGGGAUGGAGAAUGUCCAGGAGAAGAGCAAAGAAGGGAUGAUUGACAUCAAGCUGGACAAACCCCAAGAGCCCCCGGCCAGCGAGGGCGGCUGCUCCUGCUAAUGCAGAGCACGACCCACCGGCUUCCCAUGACACUACUUGCUUGUUGUGUUGCUUCCUAUUGGUUAGCUUCC